CCGCUCGUCGGUGAAGGUGUCGCGCGGUUCCGUCGUAUCAAAAACAACUUCCCAGUUAUUAAAACGCGUAAUACGUAAGACUCGACGAUCAAACGUAACGUUUUCUUCCCGAGUCGGGAAUUACAAUUGCUAAUUCGGAUCAAGUGACAUCGAACCGGAACAUAAAAUAUUUUCGAAUUGUUUCGUUGGCGAACGACUCGAAAUUCCGUCGAUCGUACACGAAGGCAAUCUUGUCGAUGGAAUUUUAUUGGAAUCGUAAAUUUCGAGAGAAUACCGCAUUCGCGCGUCGUUGGAUGCAACGUGAAAGUUUUUAAACCGAACGAUCAACGGUAAAAACAGCAUCGAAUUGUUGAACAGUUAAAUCGCGGAAGUUUCGACAACCAACCGAUCGCAACAGGAUAUGGUUUGUAAUUGGAUCAUCGAUACACGGUGCAUGUGAAUGGUCGUGCUGUUUCUUUUUUAUUUUUUCUUUUCGUUCCGAAGUGGCUCGCCUUUGUCGCGUGUUGUACAAGAAUCGGGUCAACUAUUGUGGGCAGCCUUGAAGGUAGUCCCAAGUUCGGUAGAAAAUAAAUUAUUUCUGACUCGCUAUCAACCGUGUCGUGACUUCGCGCGAAACUCUUAAAACGAUUACGUUCGCCGCGCGUUGGAAACGAUUUUGCCCAGCGUUGUCUAGGAAAGUUGUCCCAAGGAGGCUGCCUCGAGAAACUCGGGGAAGUUCGCCGUGAACGAAACGAGCGAAACUUCGAACGAUACAUUUGCACGGUCAGGCGCUCGUUGAAUGCGUCCGUCGGUUGGCAAAUUGAUGCAAAACGUGGAGAGUAUAUUAAACUCGGCAUUGAGGUGCACCGUUUUCUCAAUGUCCUGCUAGAGAAGGUCCACCGGUUUCCCAGAAAAGUCGCGUCGCCGGAAGUGUCCGUGAAAACGUGCCAGAUUCCAAUUGUUCGAGGGGAAGCACCGCGCGAGAUCGCGGCACCUAGAGGUCGCGUUCGAUCUUUCCAGCCGCCGAUGGGAGAGACGGACAAAACCAAAAGGCGGAAAAAUGAUCACCGUGCCGAUAUCCGCUUCCAGUCCUUACGUGAAGGUUACGUCCUACAGCGAUGCAAGCGCUAUUGGCAAAAAGCCUACAGUUCAGCAAUACCUAAGAGACAUGAAGGAACAUUCAGCCUCGUCCCGAUUCGAAGGCAGGGAUGUACCUCAAAGAUCGCAAAGCAGCGCAGCCAGCUUGAUGUCCUUAGGUGCUGACAUCUCUCCAAGUUCUUCCCAUUUCUUCGAGGUGCUUUACGUAGGAAAAAUCAGAGUGUCGCAUCCAAAAGUAUCAGAGUCCUUUAUCGACGAUGCGCUCAUCAGGUUUCGCGUUCACGGUCUCGAGAAAUCGAGAUCGUCGUCGAGCAAUCUCGCCGAGUAUCAGCGCCAAUCGCUUUUAACGUCUUCCAAUAACAGAAGAAACAGCGCGGAAUCAACGGGCAGCGCGAGCGAGACAGGAAGCAUAGAAAAUGUGUCGGGAAGCGGGAUCAUAUCGCCGAUUAAUUCGUUGGGUGUGCCGCCCACGCUCAUGGGCUCCGUCGAAACCUUUCCAAAGAGUGUCAGUUUCGCGGAAAAGGACGAGGAGGAGAAUCGAGACACGAGGAACAACAACGCUAUGCAAGUGCCAGAAGUUAUGAGAAACCGGGCAUCGUCCACGGGCAGCGUCCUGAGCGCUAGAAGGGAUUCCAUGAAAACCGGCGACGAACACAAUCGCACGAUGCUCUUCCAGGUAGGCCGUCAUGAUUUGAGAUUGAUCAGUCCGGAUAGGAAGCAGGUGCUUCUUCACAAGCAACUGAGAGACGUGGCCAGUUGCGUCCACGGCAUCAAGAACCCGGAGCACUUUGGCUUUAUUUGCAGGGAGAUUAAUAUAGAGGGGUUCAUCGGCUAUGUGUUCAAGUGUCAAUCGGGAUCCGUGGCGGAUGACCUUGUCACUGCUAUUUCGCAAGCGUUCGUCGGGACCGGCGACGUAAUAAGGAAGGAAAGGUAUUCCGUGUUUUCGUGCGAGCACUGCCCUAUGUAUUGGUACAACAAAUUGUGUCAGGAGAUCGAAGGACAGAACGACAGAAGGACGCAGAACAUAAUUUUCUCACGAAUGGAACUGUUGCCGGAGGACGAGCAGGAGAUUGUCGUUAGCAAGUACAAAAGCGCCGAGUCCGCUGGCGGCACUGGGACGACUUUACGCGAACAGAAUCAGUUUUUAAUGAGGCUGCUGCGCGUUCAUUGCGAGGCGAAGCAAGCCAGGCAUGUUCACGAUACGGCUGAGAAUAGGAGUGAAUUUCUCAACCAGUACUUAAGCGUGGGCGUCGGUAGCACAAUAUUCAUGAAAGCGAAACGCUCGCUUACAAAUAGUUUUGAUAAUCUGAUGAAGAGAAAGGGUUCGCGGGACGACCUUGGUCUUGUCUCGCAUUUAAGAGACUCGAGCCACCUAAAUACUGUGAUAAAAAGUGCUAGCCAAAGCCCUGAUAUUUCGCGGCAACCGUCUAUGGCGGAUAUUUCUUCGGAAUCUAGUAGACCGAGGUCAUUGAGAGUUUCACCCGAGCAACAAUUGACUGUGAACACUGGACCAAAGAGUUCUAUGAUGGACAUUUUCUUGAAGGUAGGGAAUUCACCAAAAAUGUCGCCGACCGAAGCGGAUGGAAACAAUUCGAUGCAGUCCAACAGUUCAUGGAGGCAAGCUAUAUUGAAUCGAGUCGUGACUCCUAACAAAGAUCACGACAAAGAGAACGAUAAGUCAGGAAACAUGAAGACUCCUCAGACGACACCGAAGCGCAGGACGAGACAGGAGUUAAGGGAUCUUUGGAAGAAAGCGAUCAAUCAACAAGUAAUACUGAUAAGAAUGGAGAAGGAAAAUGCAAGGCUCAGGGUGCGCCAAGAAGAAGCGACUGUUAAGAGAAUAAAAUUGGAAUAUGACGAACUUAGCAGUUGUGCUCGCGAAUUAGUGGAAGUAUGGGAUCUUUUGGUCAGUAAAGAGUCGAGGGUCUCCACAAAAUGUGAUAAUCAAAUGCUUUUACAUGCUAUUAAGCAAGGUGUACCUAAAGGGAAAAGAGGAGAAGUAUGGCAAUUCUUAGCCGAACAGUUUUGCUUGAAGCAACCGCCCAUAGACACACGCGAUUUCCCUAACUACAAUACACCGUACGACUUGCUCUUAAAGCAACUUACGUCCCAACAACACGCGAUACUGAUCGAUCUGGGACGAACGUUUCCAAAUCAUCCGUAUUUCAGUUCAGCAUUAGGGCCUGGACAAUUAGCAUUAUUCAAUUUACUAAAAGCUUACUCGCUUUUGGAUCACGAAGUCGGUUAUUGUCAAGGACUCAGUUUCGUUGCUGGAGUUCUUUUAUUGCAUAUGUCCGAAGAUUUGGCGUUCUUCCUCCUGCGGCACCUAAUGUUUCGAAGAGGCCUAAGGAAACUGUAUCUUCCCGACAUGGCGGCGUUACAGUUGUACUUGUAUCAAUUGUCUAGAUUGCUGCACGAUAGGUUACCAGCGAUUUAUAAUCAUUUUGACAAACACGAUGUGUCUCCCACGCUGUACGCCGCCCCAUGGCUGUUGACUUUAUUUGCGAGUCAAUUUCCACUGGGUUUUGUAACCAGAGUUUUUGAUUUACUUUUCCUGGAAAGCACAGAGGUACUUUUCCGCGUAUCGAUGGCGUUACUAGAGGAUCAUCAAGAUCAGUUAUUGUCCUGCGACAGUUUCGAAGAGAUCAUGGAAUACCUCAAAACGCGUGUACCAGCCGUGGACAGAGAGAUUCUGGACCGUGUCAUGAAACGCGUGUUUUAUCCGGAUCAAGAAAUUACUAAACAAUUAAAUGAGUACAGAGUGGAGUACCAAGUAUUGCAGGAAGAGAUGAUGUCUGUAAAGCCGCAAAUAGAAAAUAUGGAGAAGCUGAAGGUGAUCAAUAAACAGCUGACGCAAGAAGUCGCGCAACUUAGCGAGCAACUCGAAAUCACCAUGAGCAACUUGCAUCGUCUGGAAACGGCGCGAUCGGUGCAGCAGUCGACUCUCCUUAAGCUCGAAUCUCAAAAUCGCAGCCUAGAGGUAACCGUUUCGACGUUGGGCGCGUUUGUUCAACAAUUGUCCGACACGCGUCCGGACAUCGAGUUUCCGGGCGACAUUCGUCGAAUAAUCGCGCAAUUGAGCCUCGCCGAGAAACGGAGAAGCGUGACCGGUAGAUCUUAUCCUCUAAAAGUAAUCGAGGACAACAACAAGUUCGCGAUGAUAAAGAGCAACUCCACGGGUAGAGAUUCUCAUAAUUUCAUGAAGAACAACAAUAUCGCGGUGGAUACGCCGUAUCCUUUGAAAUCGACGUUGAGUCAACCGAAUUUGGCUACCAAGCUCGAAAGGGUCUCGUCGUUCUUCUCGAAUUCGCACAAUCAUAUACAGAAACAACGGGCACAAUUGGCCGCGCUUAGGAACGAGUAUUCGACCGAGCAAAUCGUCAGGAACGACGAGAACGAUCCGAAAACGGUGAACAUAGACAUUCAGAUCACCGACACGAUGAACUCGAUCGACGAGCAAGCCGUGCAAAACGAUAAUAACUUAAAGAUCCAAGCGGUCAACUUGGAGAAGUCGAUCUCGUUACCGUUGAACAAUCGAAUGAAAUUGAAGUCGUCGAAAUCGGCGUACGAGCUGGGAUCGGUAAAAAAGGUACCGACCACCAAGCUGGAAGCCACGAACGACGACGACGGUACGAAUCUAUUGGGCACCAUGCACCCAUUGGACACUUGUAGCGACGUGAACUUCCGAUACGGUGGAACGACGAAGUUGAAGUCGAUAAAACCGGCGAGGCUUCCAAGCCCGAAUGGCCAAGAGGAUGUCGCGAACAAGAAUGCUCAAAGCCAAAACGUAGAAACAUUGAACAGAUAACAAUUGCUUAUGAUGUUGCGUUCAAGGAGGAUACCUUGGAGAAAGACCACCCUUAGGAAAGUAUACCCGAAAAACUAGCAGUGAACUUGUUACCGUACAUUCGAUCGGUUCACCUUCCGCGUGUUUCAUACUGCGUUACACUCUUGUACACACUUUUGAUACGAUGAUCGAUUUUCAUUUUUUAACGAACGUCUGUUUGCCUAGCGGAUUGUCGAUCGAAACGCCCCCGGGACCCGCACUUCCCUUUUACGAUACUUAUACCAAUGAUUUUAAUACCUUAAUACGAGUGGAGGAUUAGAGAGAAUGAGAAAACAGAGUCAAUUUAUAACAUAUACGUAUAUAUAUUUCUUAGAUUGUUGCAUAUAGAAUGUCGAGCCGCGUGAGGGAAGACUUUAUACUUCUGUAACUUUGUUAUACGUUAACACUUUUACUAGAACCAAGCGCCAACAGAUUUUACGUACUUUUCCCAACGAGAUGCAAGCGCAUUUACUACAUCGUUUAAACAAUCUGACUUUCUAGAUGCGUCGAAUUCCUCGAACUCGUUUUUGGUUGAACAAGUUUCAUUCUUGAAUAUUUUCUUGGUUAGGGAUGAUUUCGUUAUUUGAAAAUAUCAGUAAUGUUAUUUAAAAGUUUACAAGUACUAGGAUUCGUUUGGUACAUCAUGGUAGCCAACGUGUUGCGAAGGGGAAGACUUGAGGCGGGAAUUUCUUCUCAAACGACACUCUCGUUACAUAUGUAAAUCCUAGAUCUAUAUAGAUCGCAUGGGUAUGGUCGUAGAGUACCUGCUUACAACGUUGUUGAACCAGGUCGAAAUCAAAAAGUGUAUAAAAUUUUGUAUUAUUAACCUUUACUAUGGAAACGUACUUACUAUUACCUUACACGAAUUUUAAGGUUCAAAAUACAUUUAUAAUACAACAUAUCACCCUAAUCGUUUCUCCACAAGGCUAUUUUUAUAUUUAUGUACUGAAUCGACGUAGCAUUGAGUUACCAACCAUAACUGACUGUAAGGAUAAUCUUACAAUUAUACCUUACUGAAAGAAUGGUCAAAUACAUACGUUAUAAAAACACUUGUGGUGAAUUGGAAUAAUAUGAUUUAUUAUGAAUGCAUUUUUAACUUCGAAAUUUGUGUAAGAUAAUGGUACAGGGUAAUUCCAGAUUUUAAUCGCAAAAAUUUUUAUUAUAAAUUAUACUCCGUAUGUGUAAUCUGACGCGUAUCAAAUUCGAUUAAACCAAUCGUCCUGGAUGGCGGUUUCUGAUCGUUAAUUGUGCCUUCAACAAAUGCUGAAUUGAAUUUUCUGUUGCCUCGAAUGCAUCGUGUCCAAGAUUAGAACAAUUUCACUUCGAUCGAUAAAUAAUCCACGUGUAACAAUGACUUUAUCAACAAAACAAAUAGUACUCGAGCGAGUAAGUAUUGCGCUUUAAAUUGGUACGUAACAAGUACUAAUUGUUAGCACAAUUAUUCAGUGGUGAUGUAAUAACUUUAUGAAAUCGAAAUACCUGACAUUUCAUAUGCAACAACCUAAUAGAGAAAACUGAUGAAUCGUCGGAUCAGUUGAAUACCUUUAGUGUAUGCAUAUAUGUGACAGAGAUUAGGAGAAAUAAUUAGGGAUGAAGCCGUGAGAUAAGUUAGUACCUACUAAAAAAUAUUUAUCUAUUUCGCAUAGUUUAUGUUAAUUUUGACUUGUAGGAGAGAAUAGGGAACAUUUACACGAAUAUAAUAUAUACAUAUAUACUUGUUAACUGUGAGAAAUUUGUUUGAACCGGCAGUAACGCGUGAAAAUAUUGGAUUCCGUUUAAGUUGUGAGAUAAUAGAAUUUUUAUAAAUAAUUGUAAAGUGUGUAUACAAUUUAUCGAAGAUUAUUCAUUAACGUGUUACCGGCGCAAACGAAAUUUCUUAGAGUCUAACAAACACAGUCAUAUCCGUAAGUUAAAAUAAGUAUCAGAAUGUAUAGUAGGUUGUGUGCAAAAAUAAUAGGAAUUUGUUUAAGAAAUAAACAUUAAGUGAAGAAUAAAUGCUGUUUGUUAGAUAUAUUUUCUGUUGUUAUCGUACAAUUAUCUGACGUUUUUAUUCGUUGACAAAA